CGACAGAAACAUCGCCCAAGUCUCCGGACUGAACUCGGGAACUUUGAAGUCAGCGAAUUAGUUAGCUUUUCUGACCGUCAGCCUUGUCAAGAAAAAUGUCACCCGGACGUGCGGACGAGAAGAACGGAGCUGAUCAGAGCUCCAUAUGUGUGAAUAAUCCACACCUACAGAGCCUGAAAGAGGAUAUUCUCUACCACUUUAACCUGGGCACCUCCAGUCAUGACCUGCAGGCAAUGUUUGGAGAUGUUAAAUUUGUGUGUGUUGGUGGCAGUCCAUGGAGAAUGAAAUCAUUCAUUGAAUACAUUGCUGGUGAGCUGGGCCUGGCGAACCCAAAGGCCGAGUACCCCAAUAUCUGUGCUGGGACUGACCGUUACGCCAUGUAUAAAGUUGGGCCGGUUCUCUCAGUCAGCCACGGGAUGGGCAUCCCCUCCAUAUCGAUAAUGCUGCAUGAGCUGAUAAAGCUGCUGUACCACGCUCAUUGCACGGAUGUCACCGUCAUCCGCAUCGGGACCUCCGGUGGAAUCGGUCUGGACCCAGGCACCGUGGUGGUGACGAAGCAGUCGGUGGACGCCAUGUUCCAGCCUCGGUUCGAGCAGGUCGUGCUGGGGAAGCCGGUGGUGCGGAGCACCGAGCUGGACGCCGACCUGGCAGAGGAGCUCGUCCAGUGCAGCAAAGAGCUGGCGGAAUUCGACACCGUCAUCGGCAGCACGAUGUGCACGCUGGAUUUCUACGAAGGCCAGGCCCGUCUGGACGGAGCGUUCUGCUCAUACACUGAGGAGGACAAGCAGAACUAUCUGGCCGAGGCCUACGCCGCAGGGGUGCGAAACAUUGAGAUGGAGUCGUCCGUGUUCGCCGCCAUGUGCAAACUCAGCAACUUACGAGCGGCCGUGGUGUGUGUGACUCUGCUGGACCGCCAGAAAGGAGACCAGCUGACCAGCUCGCACGACGUUCUCCAGAACUACCAGCUACGGCCACAGAUCCUUGUGGGCACCUACAUCAAAAAGAAGCUCAACGUGGCCAAGAAAAGCUCGUGCUGAGGAAGGUGUUUCAGUUUGGAUAGGAAGAGCACCACCGUCCAGCAGAUCAGCUCCCUGAGAGAUGAAUAAUGCAGAUAGCUUUUCAUACAGAUCAAGAUUCAAGGUUAUUUUAAUUGCUUAAAUGCUUCAUAUAUAUCACACAUGCUGAGCACUGACUUCAGCUGUCACACAGUAACACUCCCAGGACCUGACUGAAAACAUGUCAGGCAUGUUUAUGCACUGAAUAUCAGGUCUGGUUACAGAACGUUCUGUCAAAUAGUCAUUGUAUAUACAGGGUUUGACUUCAGAUCUGGGCAAACACACCUGCUCCGGUUUGUCAGGCGUCCUGAGGAUACCUGAAUACAGCAGAAUCCAGGUGUUUUCAAAUUAGGGCUGGAACCAAAUCUCAUAGGAUUGUGGUUACCUGGUGGGAAGUCUCACCUGCUCGUACUGUAAUGAAUCAAGUUGUUUGUUGUUUUGUUUUACAAGAGGAUAUUUAUUUCAUUAGUUGUUGGUCAUGUAUUAAUGACAUUACCAUUGCUGCUGAUGAGAGGAUGACUGAAUGGAGAAAAGGGACCAUCCCGCUGCAAAGAUUUGAUUGUUUCAGUCUGUGUCUUGACAGUGGGCCAAAGAUUAGCAUUGUUCACAUGUAACCCAUUAACCACUGUAUUUUGGAUUUGUAUUCAGGAAUAUGUGUGUGUUUUUAAUGUAUUUCUCCAAACUAAUGUGUUGAUACGGACCAUAAGGAUGAAGUCACAAAUGUCUUACGAAAUUCAUUGAAGAACCCUGUAGUUUGAAAGCCAUAUUUGACAUGAGAAUUCAUAAAAGUGUUUUAACAAGCGGUGCUAUUACGUCGAUAAACGCCGCAUCC